AUGGAACCUCUGAAAGUGGAUGUUGUUCACUUCUAUCCCAGAGAGAACGCACAAGCACACAACACCAUCAAAUACGAAGUAGUGAACGACGAGGUGCCAACCAUAGCUGUUCUUCGUCGCGGCAACCCUUUCAAUGGAGUCAUCAGAUUUGACAGACCCAUAGUCGAAGAGGAAGAUACAGUGCAACUUGUGUUUACAUUAGGUGACAAGCCGAUGCACGACACACAAGGAUCCAUGUUCUUAAGAAGAGAUGUGGUAUCAGACAAAUAUUCUUGGAGCGCCAAAAUCACCAGCGUAGACGACAUUCAUAUGAACUUUGAGGUAUCAACCCCAGUAACGUUACCCGUCGGUAACUGGGCUCUUCGAGUUGUGACCAGACUAAAGGGUUCACCAGCGAGAGAGAUAUUUGACUACGAGAACGAUCUAUACAUUCUAUUCAACCCGUGGAACCCUGAUGACCAGACGUAUAUGGAGGAGUGUGAAUUACUACAGGAGUAUGUGAUGAAUGAUGUGGGUAAGGUGUGGGUGGGACCGAUCAAGACCACGCGUGGAAAGCCGUGGUUCUACGGACAAUUUGACGCGGUGGUGCUGCCAUCUGUUAUGUUCAUGUUGGAUCAGGCUGGAAUACCUUUCCACCAGCGUGGUGAUCCAAUCAAGAUGAGCCGCGUUCUCUCUCGCAUCGUGAAUUCCAACGAUGAUGACGGGGUCCUGGUGGGUCGAUGGGAUGGUGAGUAUGAGGAUGGGACCGCGCCAGCUGACUGGACCGGCUCCGUGGACAUCCUGGCGCAGUAUCUGGAGAUACAGGCGCCCGUUAUGUAUGGGCAGUGCUGGGUCUUCGCGGGGGUCGUUACUACCGUGUGCCGAGCGCUAGGGUUGCCAUCCAGGGUUGUGUCUAACUUGGUGUCAGCUCAUGACGCGAAUAGUUCGCUGACAGUGGACAAGUAUUACACAGAGACCAUGGAAGAACUUGAUAUAGACCCUAACAACCCUCAAGGAGCUGACUCCAUCUGGAAUUAUCACGUGUGGAACGACGUCUGGAUGGCAAGACCUGAUCUUCCACCUGGUUACGGUGGUUGGCAAGCAAUAGACGCUACUCCCCAAGAAACAUCUCAAGGCAUGUAUCAAUGUGGUCCGGCGCCGCUAGAAGCUAUUAAGCAAGGAGUGAUAGGCCUCAGCUAUGACGUGGAGUUCAUGCUGGCUUCAGUGAACGCUGACCUCAUGAGGUGGAGACACGACCCUCAAUCAGAAACUGGCUUCUCUAUGGUUGAUACUAACAAUUACCACAUCGGCCGCAUGGUGCUAACAAAGAAGCCGUACGUGUUCGACCCGUUAGGUGACGCUGAUCGUGAUGACAUCACUGUUCAAUAUAAACAUCGUGAAGGAACAGCUUCUGAGAGACUCGCGCUCAUGAAUGGUGUACGAUACUCUGAGAGGGCUAAACGAUACUAUGCAGUGGCCGCCAACUUGUCCAACGACGUGUCAUUUAAGUUGCGUGACAUAGACACGGUGACCAUCGGCAAAGAGUUCAGAGUGAUUGUGGACAUCGACAAUAAUUCAGAUGAAGGUCGUAACAUUAAAGCGGCUCUAUCAGCGACCAGUGUGUUCUACAAUGGUGUGAAGUCGGACGUCGUUAAGAAAAUCGAAGGAAAACUUUUCGUUGGUCCUCACAAACACGAAGAGAUAAGUAUCCACGUUCAAGCCGAUGAGUAUCUUCCUAAACUGGUUGAGUACUGCAACAUGAAGAUAUCAGCUAUGGCUAUCGUGGAUGAGACCAAACAGUCUUGGGCUGAUGACGAUGACUUCCAGAUCCUCAAACCCAACAUCAGUAUCAAGUUCAAUGAGGACCUGAUCAUCAACCAGCCGACCGCCGCCUCUCUGUCGUUCGUAAACCCCCUGGACCGUCCUCUCUCGGGAGGGGAGUUCCGUGUGACGUCAUCAGGUGUUUCCGGUCGCUCGGUCCGUCUCGCCGCACCGGAUGUGCCCCCACACGAACUAGUCACGGUCGAACUACCCGUACUACCGAAUAAACUCGGUAAGAUCAAUAUCGUAGCGACGUAUAGAUCCAACGAACUCAAAGACAUCAACGGAGCGGCCAGCGUCGAAGUAUUUGAAGGAUGA